CGACAUCUUCUCAGAAAAACGUUCUCUGUUUCCUCACGCGCUCAAAGGCAACAAGAAGAGAGUGAAGAAGAAGCAAUAAGAGAAAAUAAGAGGAUUUAUUCAUACUUUUUGUGAUUGGAUUGAAAAGCACGUGCAGACGGUUUUAGACCACUGGACCCUUUUAGAGACUGAGAAUUGAGGUCAUCCUGUAAUACAUUCUCCCUUGGCGGAGUGGCUCCAGCUUUGCUGUUAGUCAUACUUUGAAGAGACAAACACACACACGCGCACACACACAGAGCAACAAUGGUGGCCGGAAUGGUGAUGCCCUUGGUGGACUUGAGGGCCAUCUACGAGCUCCUGUUUCGCGAUGGUGUCAUGGUGGCCAAGAAAGACAAGCGGCCCCAGACCAAGCACCCAGAGAUCCCCAGCGUGGGAAACCUGCAGGUGAUCCGCGCCAUGGCCUCCCUCAAGUCCAGGGGCUACUUGAGGGAGACUUUCGCCUGGAGGCACUUCUAUUGGUACCUGACCAACGAGGGCAUUGUUUACCUGCGCGACUACCUCCGUCUGCCUGCUGAGAUCAUUCCCUCUUCCCUGCAAAGGGUUCGCCAUCCAACAGCAACCCUGGCCAUUGCCCAAAGGGCAGCGCGUGGGGUCCAGUCAGUGGACGGCCCCACAUCUUAUGUCCCCAAACCUGGCAGGGAAGAGAGUCAGGAGGCGAUGGCUGAGCGCCAGGUCUACCGACACAGGAAGCUGGACGCAGCCGAGGAGGAAUGCCCCUCUGACAGGACGCCAAGGUUCAGAGGUCGCCCGAUGGCCACCGAGCCGGUCAGACCAAGAGCAUCACGGGAAUCUGAGUCCCAGGCCCAGCCUCCCCUGUGGAAGGGGCGGGGCUUCCGCACUGAGGCUUCAAUGAUGGAGGAAAGCCAGGGGAAGAGGGCCUCCACGGUUACCUUCUCUCAGACCACUGAGGCUUGUAGCAGUAAAGCAGGGGUGUCCUCCCAGGAGAAGAUCAUCACUAAGGUCCGUGCAGAAAGGUCCCAGGUGGUUCCGGUUCAGAAAAAUUCUACUUCAACACAUGAAACACAGGUCAGCAUCAUGUCAGUCUCCUCCAAAGCAGCCUUCCCAUUAGCUGUUACUGCAGUAGCUAGUGCUGCAGGAGCUGGGGCUGCAUUAGUGAAGGUCUCAGCUGAAUCCUCUUUCAAUAAAGCAGGUAUAGAGAAGCCCAAGAAAGCUGCAGGGGUUGAAGAGGCCCCCAACGUCUCUGAGGAACCUGUACCCAGUAAGCCAGCCAUCCCAGCACCCCUGCCCCCUACUAAAGAGAUUAAGGAGGAGAAAAAAACAGAAGUGAAGGUGACUCCAGAACCCAAGAAAGCAUCAGAAAUUACUGUCCCCCAAGAGACCCCCAAACUCUCAGCCGAACCCACCAAAUCAUUUGAAGUUGAUAUCACUGAUCCCUUAUCAGUGGUCAGUGGCAAAGACAGUGUUGUCAUUGAAAAGGUUAUUGAAACUAAAAAAGGGAUGAUUGAAGAUUGCUCCAAAUCAAAGAAGAAGAAAAAAUCUCCCAGAGAAAUAACGAAGGCUGCGAUGGCUGAAUCACCUGUCACAAAGGUGUCCCCAGAAAAAGGACUGAAGACCCCCGAGGAAGAGACACAGGAGCCCCCCAAUCCCUCACCAGCUUUUGCAUCAUCAAUAAAGCCCAAGGGACCAGAAUCCACUAAAGAAACUAAGGCUGAGGUUCGAAUAGAAACUAAGGCUGAGGUUCGAAGAGAAACUAAGGCUGAGGUUCGAAGAGAAACUAAGGCUGAGGUUCGAAGAGAAACUAAGGCUGAGGUUCAAAAAUCAAAUGAGGCUGAUCAUCAGAUCCCCAAACCAGCAGUGGAACAGAGCAACACUAAGUCUAUAGUAUUACAAGCUGCAUCCCAUCCCGUUGCAGCCCCUCAAGUGCAGGAGAAGGCUGAGACGACCAAUAAAGUGGCCUCAGGCUCAUCUGGAAAAUUCACCCACGGGUCAGAGAUGAGUGUCACGAAAGUGGAAAUGGUAAAAGUGCAGAAGACCAUAAAGAUGGAGAUGAAACAGGAAGCCCUUAAUCCUGUGGAGAUGACCUUCACACUGCCACCGCAACCACCACAACCUGCCAUAGUACCGGAGGCUAAGGCCCAUAUAGAAACAGCUGUGGUUGAUUCGUCGAAGGCAAAAAAAGCUAAAAAGAAAAAGCAGGUUUCUUCCCCAGACCGUGAGACCACAAAAUCUAUUUUAUCUCCACCUGCAGCUAAAACAUCAUCACCAACAGAGAAGGUGUUGAUGACCAGGGCCGCCGUUAAGGUUGACUUCCCAAACAUCCCUGGGGCAAAAGUAAUGGACUGCUCUCCAAAAAUGCCUCAGGAAGGAAUGUGUUCUGAGGAAACCAACAUGGCAGCAGCUGUGCAGGCUGGGGCCCCUGCUUUAGACAAAGGAGAGGCGGAGCCUGCCCAGCUCUCUGCUGAAAAAAAACGGGAGGACUCGAAACCAAAAACCUCCUCUGCAAGGGAAGCACCCGGAGAGACAGCGUCAGCCGGAGCCGAGGCACGGGCCAGCCUACACACUGAGCAGGGGGAGCUUCCCAGAGUUGUUGCAAAACACGCUCUAACAGCAGCACAGAGCACAGAGGAGGAGAAGAAAAGUCUAUCUGUUCCUCCCAAGGCCUCGGAGCAGGAGAAGGACAAGGAACCACCACAGACCCCUGCUACCACUGCAGCCACCACCCCUCUGCCAGCACAGCCUCACCUGGAGGACACCUGUGACCAGCCUGUAGACGAGGCCAACAUGAGGAAGAAGAUAGUAGUGGUGGAGGAGGUGAUUGAGGUGCAGCACAUCACUAGCCCGCAGGCAGUGGCUGGAGGAGAGGUUCCUCCUGCUGUUGUACCUGAGAGAACAGGGCAAGAACUGGACUUUGAUGUCCUGCACGCACUGGCUGUUGAACGGGCUCUCCUGGCCGGAGGAGCGGUGGUCGAGUCCGCCCAGAGCACCAUCUCCGACGAUGACUGGGACCACUCUCUGGACGUACCUGAGGAGAAGACCUUCCCCAACUUCAUAGAAGACGAACGGGAUCGAGUACAGAAAAAGACCUUCACAAAAUGGGUGAACAAACACUUGAUAAAGCACUGGAAAGCAGAGUCACAGCGUCAGGUCACAGACCUGUAUGAAGACCUGAGAGAUGGACACAACCUGAUCUCCCUCCUGGAGGUCCUCUCUGGGGAGAAGCUGUCCAGAGAGAAAGGCCGCAUGAGAUUCCACAAGCUACAGAAUGUACAGAUGGCACUGGACUUCCUCAAACACCGACAGGUCAAGCUGGUGAACAUCAGAAACGAUGACAUUGCGGAUGGUAACCCCAAGCUGACCCUUGGGCUGAUAUGGACCAUCAUCCUUCACUUCCAGAUCUCGGACAUCCAGGUGAAUGGCCAGUCAGACAACAUGACGGCCAAAGAGAAGCUGCUGAUGUGGUCCCAGAGCAUGGUGGAGGGCUACCAGGGCAUCCGUUGUGACAACUUCACCACCAGCUGGAGGGACGGCAAGCUCUUCAGCGCCGUCAUCCACAAACACCAGCCUAGACUCAUUGACAUGAGUAAGGUGUACCGCCAGACCAACGUGCAGAACCUGGAGUACGCCUUCAACGUGGCAGAGACAGACCUGGGCGUGACACGCCUGUUGGAUCCAGAGGAUGUUGACGUGCCACACCCUGAUGAGAAGUCCAUCAUCACCUACGUGUCGUCCCUGUAUGAUGCCAUGCCCCGGGAUGUCCAGGAUGGAAUCCAGGCUAACGAGCUGGAGCUGCGCUGGACGGAGUACUAUGAGCUGGUCACUAUCAUUCGGCAGUGGAUAAGCCACCAUGUCGUUAUCUUCGGCGAGAGGAGGUUCCCAGGCAGCUAUGAGGAGAUAGAGAUCCUGUGGCGUCAGUUCUUGAAGUUCAAAGAGACAGAACUGCCUGCAAAGGAGGCCGACAAGCACCGUUCCAAACUCAUCUACCAGUCAUUUGAGAGUGCAGUGCAUGCUGGUCAGGUCAAGGUCCCUCCAGGCUACCAUCCCAUUGAUGUGGAGAAGGAAUGGGGCCAUCUGCACGUGUCCAUCCUAGAGAGAGAACGACUGCUCAGGACAGAGUUUGAGAGGCUGGAGAGACUACAGAGGAUUGUCAGUAAAGUCCAGAUGGAGUCAGGUGUGUGUGAGGAGCAGCUCAACCAGCUGGAGAACCUGCUGCAGACGGACAUCCGUCUCCUGAGUGCAGGGAAGCCGGCUCAGCACACUGCCGAGAUGGAGCGGGACCUAGACAAGGCAGACGGCAUGAUCCGCCUGCUCUUCAACGACGUGCAGCUGCUCAAGGAUGGACGCCACCUGCAGGCCGAGCAGAUGUACCGCAGGGUAUACCGCCUUCACGAGCGUCUUGUGAACCUGCGCACCGAUUAUAACCUGCGCCUCAAGUCGCAGAUGAUCCAGACCAUCCAGCAGCCCUCCACCAGGGCGCGUCCUGAGAUGGACGAGGUGACCCUGCGCUACGCCCAGGACCUGCUGACCUGGGUAGAGGAAAGUCAAAGGCGGAUUGACGAGGCCGAGUGGGGCUCGGACCUGCCCACCGUGGAGUCUCAGCUGGGCAGCCACCGGGGCCUGCACCAGACCGUGGAGGACUUCCGCGCCAAGAUCGAACGGGCCAAGGCUGACGAGAGCCAGCUAUCCCCAGUCAGCAAGGGGACAUACAGUCAAUACCUGGGCAAACUGGACCUUCAGUAUGCCAAGCUGCUGAACUCCUCCAAGUCUCGUCUGCGUAACCUGGACUCGCUCUAUGUGUUCGUCAGCGCGGCAACCAAGGAGCUGAUGUGGCUCAACGACAAAGAGGAGGAGGAGGUCAACUACGACUGGAGCGAUCGCAACACCAACAUGACUGCCAAGAAAGACAACUACUCGGGUCUGAUGCGUGAGCUGGAGCUGAGAGAGAAAAAGGUCAACGACAUCCAGGCCACAGGAGACAAGAUGCUGAAGGAGGGCCACCCCGGCAAGAAGACAGUGGAGGCCUUCACAGCAGCCCUGCAGACUCAGUGGAGCUGGAUCCUCCAGCUGUGUUGUUGCAUCGAGGCUCACCUCAAAGAGAACACAGCGUACUACCAGUUCUUCUCGGACGUGAAAGAGGCUGAGGAGAGGAUGAAGAAGAUGCAGGAGAUGAUGAAGAAGAAGUACAGCUGUGAUCGCUCCACUACGGCCACGCGACUAGAGGACCUGCUGCAGGAUGCUAUGGAGGAGAAGGAGCAGCUGAAUGAGUUUAAGACUCACGUGGCCGGCCUGAACAAGAGAGCCAAGACCAUAAUCCAGCUGAAGCCCCGUAACCCCACCAAGUCCAUCAAGGGUAAACUGCCCAUCCAGGCCGUGUGUGACUUCAAACAGAUGGAGAUCACCGUCCAUAAGGGUGAGGAGUGUGCUCUCAUCAACAACUCCCCACAGCCCAACAAGUGGAAGGUCCUUAACCGCUCAGGCAUUGAGGCGGUGGUGCCUUCAGUCUGCUUCCUGGUUCCACCUGUCAACAAGGAGGCUAUGGAUAGUGUGUCCAGUCUGGACUCUGGUCACCAGUCGAUGCUGCUCCUGUGGCAGAGAAUGCAUGUGGACAUGAAGAGCAUGCUGUCCUGGCAGUACCUGACGAGAGACAUCACACAGAUACGUAACUGGAACAUCACCAUGUUUAAGACCAUGAAGGUGGAGGAGUACAGGCUGAUUAUGAGGAACCUGGAGCUUCACUAUCAGGACUUCAUGCGUGACAGUCAGGAUUCUCAGCUGUUUGGUCCACACGACCGUAUGCAGAUCGAAGGCGACUACUCUAAGACCACACAGUACUACGACAACCUUCUGCGCUCUGUGGAGAAAGGUGAGCAGGACGAGUCGACGUGUGUGACCUACAUCACCCAGAUCAAGGACCUGCGUCUACGGAUAGAGGACUGCGAGGCUCGUACCGUGGCCCGCAUCCGCAAGCCCGUGGACAAAGACCCCCUCAAAGACUGUGCCCAGAAGACCACCGACCAGAAGAAAGUCCAAGUAGAGCUUGAGGGUAUCAAGAGGAACCUGGACCAGGUGGCCGUGAAGACAGAGGAGGUCCUGAGUACCACUCCUAAGCAGUCCAGCACUGCGCCUGUCCUGCGCUCUGAACUGGAGUUCACCCUGAAGAAGAUGGACCACGCCUACAUCCUCUCCUCUGUCUAUCUAGAGAAGCUGAAGACGGUGGACGUGGUCAUCCGCAACACGCAGGGGGCCGAGGGAGUGCUGAAGAAGUACGAGCAGCGGCUGCGCGAGGUCCAAACUGUCCCCGAUGACGUCAAGGAGGUGGAGAAGUACCGCACCCAGCUCAAGAAAAUGCGUGCUGAAGCGGAGGGUGAAAAGCCUGCUUUCGAUUCCCUGGAGGGCGAGCUCGGAAAGGCGGCAGCCGUGAGCGAGAAGAUGUCUCGUGUGCACAGUGAGCGUGACGCUGAGCUGGACCACUACCGCCAUCUCCUGUCCGGUCUCCAGGACCGCUGGCAGGCUGUGUUCUCCCAGAUGGACCUGCGUCAGCGGGAGCUGGAGCAGCUGGGCCGCCAGCUGGGUUACUACAGAGAGAGCUACGACUGGCUCAUCCAGUGGAUCGGUGGCGCCAAGCAGAGGCAGGAGAAGAUCCAGGCCGUGCCCAUCAGCGACAGCAAGACUCUGAAGGAGCAACUGGCCCAGGAGAAGACACUUCUGGAAGAGAUCGAGCAAAACAAAGAGAAAGUCGACGAGUGUCAGAAAUAUGCCAAGGCGUAUAUCGACACUAUCAAGGAUUAUGAACUCCAGUUGGUGGCCUACAAAGCACAGGUGGACCCUCUCUCACCCCUGAAGAAAACCAAAAUGGAUUCUGCCUCAGAUAACAUCAUUCAAGAGUAUGUGACACUAAGAACCCGCUACAGCGAGCUGAUGACUCUGACCAGUCAGUACAUCAAGUUUAUCACCGACACACAGCGCCGGCUGGAGGACGAGGAGAAAGCUGCUGAGAAAAUGAAAGCGGAAGACAGGAAAAAAAUGGCAGAGAUGCAGGCUGAGUUAAACAAACAGAAGCAGCUAGCUGAAUCUCAUGCAAAGGCCAUUGCCAAGGCCGAGCAGGAAGCUCAAGAGCUGAAGCUCAUGAUGCAGGAGGAAGUCAGCAGGAGACAAGUUGUUUCAGUAGAUGCAGAAAAGCAAAAGCACAAUAUCCAGCUGGAACUACAUGAGCUCAAAAAUCUCUCAGAGCAGCAGAUCAAGUCCAAGAGUCAACAGGUAGAAGAAGCCAAUCAGAGCAGAGUCAAGAUUGAGGAGGAAAUCCGCAUCAUCAGGAUCCAGCUGGAGACCACUGUCAAUCAGAAGUCUACAGCUGAGGAUGAGCUCAAGCAACUCCGGGAAAAAGCUUCUGAAGCCGAGAGGCUGAGGAAGCUUGCACAGGAGGAGGCUGAGAAGCUCCGCAAACAGGUCAACGAGGAGACCCAGAAAAAACGCAAGGCAGAGGAAGAGCUCAAGUUAAAGUCUGAGGCUGAGAAGGAGGCUGCCAAGCAGAAGCAGAAGGCUCUAGAAGACCUUGAAAAGCUAAAGAUGCAGGCGGAGGAGGCGGAGAGACGCAUGAAGCAAGCUGAAGUGGAGAAGGAGAGGCAGAUCAAAGUUGCCCAGGAGGUGGCACAGAAGAGUGCUGCAACCGAACUCCAGAGUAAACGCAUGUCCUAUGUUGAAAAGACAUCAAAGCUGGAGGAAUCACUCAAACUAGAGCAUGUCACAGUCAUCCAGCUGCAGGAGGAGGCAGCUCGUCUCAAGAAGCAACAGGAAGAGGCUGAUAUGGCCAGGGAGGAGGCUGAGAAGGAGUUAGAGAAAUGGAGGCAGAAGGCCAAUGAGGCACUCCGCUUGAGGCUCCAGGCUGAGGAAGAAGCCCACAAAAAGAGCCGUGCCCAGGAGGAUGCCGAGAAACAGAAGGAGGAUGCUGAGCGUGAGGCCAGGAAGAGGGCUAAAGCUGAGGAGUCCGCACUGAAACAGAAAGAUAUGGCAGAGCAAGAGCUGGAGAGGCAGAGGAGGCUAGCUGAGGGAACUGCUCAGCAGAAACUCUCAGCAGAACAGGAGUUAAUCCGGCUAAGGGCAGACUUCGAACAUGCUGAGCAACAGAGAUCCCUGCUUGAUGACGAGCUGUACCGCCUGAAGAAUGAAGUCAGUGCAGCUGAGCAGCAAAGGAAACAGCUCGAAGAUGAACUGGCCAAAGUGAGGAGUGAAAUGAAUGUACUCCUGCAGCUAAAGUCCAAAGCAGAAAAGGAUAGCAUGUCCAACACUGAGAAGAGCAAACAGCUCCUCGAAUCUGAAGCUGCAAAAAUGAGGGACCUUGCUGAGGAGGCAGGCAAACUUAGAUCCAUUGCUGAGGAAGCCAAGCGACAAAGGCAAGUUGCUGAGCAAGAGGCAGCUCGUCAAAGAGCAGAAGCUGAAAGGAUCCUCAAGGAGAAGCUUACUGCCAUUAAUGAGGCAACUCGUAUGAAGACUGAAGCAGAAAUUGCCCUCAAAGAAAAAGAGGCUGAGAAUGAGCGACUCAGACGACAAGCUGAGGAUGAAGCUUACCAGAGGAAAGCUCUGGAGGACCAGGCCAGCCAGCACAAGCAAGAUAUUGAAGAAAAGAUCAAUCAACUCAAGAAGUCAUCUGAGAAUGAGUUGGGAAGACAAAAGACACUUGUCGAUGAAACUCUCAAGCAGAGACGAGUGGUUGAGGAGGAAAUUCGCAUUCUCAAGCUAAACUUUGAGAAAGCCUCAUCUGGCAAGCUUGAUUUGGAGCUGGAGUUGAAUAAACUGAAAAACAUUGCAGAGGAAACACAGCAGAGUAAACUCCAAGCUGAAAAAGAGGCUGAGAAACACAGGAAACUUGCCCUGGAGGAGGAGAAACGCAGGCGCGAAGCAGAGGAAAAAGUAAAAAAGAUCACUGCUGCAGAGGAAGAAGCAGGCAGACAGUGCAAAAAUGCGCAGGAGGAAGUGGAGCGCCUCAAAAAGAAAGCAGAUGAAGCCAAAAAGCAGAAAGAGGAUGCUGACAAGGAAGCAGAGAGACAGAUUCUCGUAUCAAAACAAGCAGCACAAAAAUGCAAUGCAGCAGAACAGCAAGUUCAGACUGUCCUUGUCCAACAGAAGGAGGACAACCUUAUGCAGAAACAGCUCAAGGGAGAGUAUGAGAAAGCAAAGAUGCUUGCAAAACAGGCAGAGCUUGCCAAGGAAAAGGCAGAGAAGGAGGCUGCUCUUCUCCGGCAACAAGCAGAGGAUGCAGAACGCCAAAAACAGGCCGCUGAACUCGAAGCUGCCAACCAAGCCAAAGCUCAAGAGGAAGCCGUAAAAUUGAGAAAGGAGGCAGAGUUCGAAGCUGCCAAGCGAGCACAGGCUGAGGCUGAUGCAAUCAAACAGAAACAACAAGCAGAUGCUGAGAUGGCAAAGCACAAAAAGCUUGCAGAGCAAACAGUGAGUCAAAAGUCUCAGGUAGAGAAAGAGCUCGCAAAGGUCAGGCUUCAGCUGGAUGAAACUGACAAGCAAAAAUCUGUCUUAGACGAGGAGCUGCAGCGCUUAAAGGAUGAAGUCGGUGAUGCGGUCAAGCAGAAGGCCCAGGUGGAAGAGGAGUUAUUCAAAGUCAAGAUUCAGAUGGAGGAGCUGGUCAAACUGAAACUCAGAAUUGAGCAGGAGAACCAGCGUCUUAUCAAAAAGGACAAGGAUAACACUCAGAAAUUCCUGGCUGAGGAAGCUGAGAACAUGAAGGAGCUUGCAGAGGAAGCUGCCAGACUCAGUGUGGAAGCCCAAGAGGCUGCACACAUGAGACAAAUCGCUGAAUCUGACCUCUCCCAACAGAGGGCACUUGCAGAGAAGAUGCUAAAGGAGAAGAUGCUUGCCAUUCAGGAAGCAUGUAAACUGAAAGCAGAGGCUGAGAUGCUCCAAAGACAGAAGGACCUGGCUCAAGAGCAGGCCCAGAAGCUGCUUGAGGAUAAACAACUGAUGCAGCAGCGUCUUGAGGAAGAGACUGAGGGCUUCCAGAAAUCCUUGGAAGCUGAGCGCAGGAGACAGCUGGAGAUCACCGCCGAAGCUGAGAACCUCAAAGUGAAAGUGUCCCAACUUAGUGAUGCUCAGUCCAAAGCAGAGAAUGAGGCCAAGAAAUUCAAGAAGCAAGCAGAUGAGAUCAGUGCCCGUCUUCAUCAGACAGAGCUAGCGACUAAAGAAAAAUUUACCUUUGUGGAGACACAGAGACUGAGCAGCAACAACGAGGCUGAUGAGCUACGCAAAGCCAUCGCUGAUCUAGAAAAGGAGAAGGCCAAACUGAAAAAGGAGGCUGAAGACCUACAGAAUAACUCUAAAGAGAUGGUCAAUGCUCAGCAGAAACAAAUCCAACGCGAGAAGACAGUACUCCAGCAGACAUUCGUCACAGAGAAGGCGGAACUGUUGAAGAAGGAGAAACAAAUUGAAGAGGAGAAGAAGAAGCUGGAGAACCAGUUUGAGGAGGAGGUCAAGAAGGCCAAGGCCCUCAAAGAAGAACAGGACCGCCAGAGGAAACAAAUGGAGCAGGAGAAGGAUAAACUCCAGGCUACCAUGGAUGCUGCCCUCUACAAACAAAAAGAGGCUGAGAAAGAAAUGCUCAACAAGCAAAAAGAGAUGCAGGAGCUUGAAAGGAAAAGACUUGAACAGGAAAAGCUGCUUGGCGAGGAGAACAAGAAACUUCGUGAGAAACUGCAGCAGCUUGAGGUCGCCCAUAAAGAGCCCGUCUCCCACACCAGAGAAAUCGAUAUCCAGACUGACGAUGUGCCCGAGGAUGAACUGAUCCAUAUGACCAUGGUGGAGACAACAAAGCAGGUUAUCAAUGGCCAAAGUGUUGGGAAUGAGGUUGACAGUAAGAAGGAUGCAUUGUCUUUUGAUGGCAUCCGCGAGAAAGUACCUGCACGCAGACUUUAUGAAGUUGGCCUUUUGACAAAAAAGGAGUUCGAUAAGCUGAAGAAAGGCAAAGCCACUGUGCAAAACCUUAGCCAAACUGACAAGUUAAGAACAAUUCUGCAGGGCAAUAACUGUAUAGGGGGUGUCUUGACACAGUCUAAUCAGAAAAUGGCAAUAUAUCAAGCUAUGAAAGAAAAGAAAAUUACUCCUAGCUGGGCUUUGAUCCUCCUGGAGGCACAGGCAGCAUCUGGCUAUGUAAUAGACCCAGUUAAAAACAAGAAACUCUCUGUCAGUGAGGCUGUGAAGGAAGGCCUGAUCGGACCUGAACUGCACAACACAAUGCUGUCUGCUGAGAGAGCUGUCACUGGUUACAAAGACCCUUACACCGGUAACACGAUCUCACUCUUUGAAGCUAUGAAGAAGGGCUUGAUUGACAGAGACCAUGCCAUUAGGCAGCUUGAGGCUCAGAUAGCUACUGGUGGACUCAUUGACCCCAUAAACAGCCACCGUGUGCCCAUCGAGACUGCAUACAAACAGGGGCAGUUUGACACAGAGAUGAACAAGAUACUGGAGGACCCUUCGGAUGACACCAAGGGAUUCUUUGAUCCUAACACCCAGGAGAACUUAACAUACUUUCAGCUAAUGCAGAGAUGCAACACAGAUCCGGAGACAGGACUACUGCUCCUGCCCAUCACUGACAAGGCUGCUCUGAGCACGUCAACCUACACAGAGCAGGAGACCAAGGAUGUGUUCAGCAAGACGACUGUCUCUGUGCCAUUUGGAAAAUUCAAAGGGAAGACUGUAACUAUCUGGGAAAUCAUCAAUUCUGAGUACUUUACCGAGGACCAGAGAAAGGACCUUAUUCGUCAGUACAAGACAGGAAAGAUCACAGUGGAAAAAAUCAUCAAGAUUGUUAUCACUAUGGCAGAGGAAAAGGACAAAAAGAAUGAAAUCGCAUUUGAGGGUCUGAGGGGAACAGUCCUUGCUACUGAACUACUGGAGUCCAAGAUAAUCGACAAAGACCUUUACAACAAGCUGCACACAGGCAAUAAAACAAUCAAAGAGGUGUCUGAAAUGGAGCCUGUUCAGAAAUCCUUGAAGGGUACAAACUGCAUUGCAGGUGUAGUUAUUGACUCAACUAAGGAGACUAUGUCUUUCUAUCAAGCCAUGAAGAAGGAUAUGAUGAGGGUAGGGCCUGCUUUAACUCUGCUGGAAGCACAAGCAGGAACAGGAUUUGUUGUUGAUCCUAUAAAGAAUCAGAAGUACACUGUCGAUGAAGCUGUGAAAGCAACUGUCAUUGGUCCUGAGCUGCAUGAAAAAUUACUGUCAGCUGAAAGAGGUGUUACAGGCUACAAAGAUCCUUACACGGGAAAGACUGUGUCUUUGUUCGAAGCAAUGAAGAAAGAACUCAUUCCAAAGGAUCAGGGCAUCAGACUCCUAGACGCACAGCUUGCAACAGGAGGCAUCAUUGAUCCAGUGAAAAGCCACCGCAUCCCACAUGAUGUUGCCUGUAAACGAGGCUUCUUUGAUGAUGAAAUGAACCAGAUUCUGAAAAAUCCAACUGAUGAUGUUAAAGGCUACUUUGACCCCAACACACAGGAAAAUGUCACAUACUCACAGCUAUACAAGAGAUGUGUCACUGACAAAAAAUCUGGCCUUCAGCUUCUACCUCUGUCUGAGCAAGCAAUCAAUGCGAAGGAAGAACAUGCAUACACAGAGGUCCAAACCAAAGAGGCCAUGAGCCAAGCAACAAUGGAGCUGCAGUCUGGUCCACUCAAAGGCAAGAAACUCACUAUCUGGGAAAUGAUCCACUCUGAAUAUAUUACAGAGGAACAGAGAAUUGACCUGAUGAGGCAGUAUAGGUCUGGAACGAUUACAAUAGAAAAGAUCAUCACAAUUGUGAUCACCAUUGUAAACGAGAAAGAGGCUAAGAAACAAGAGCAAGACAGCUUCAAAGGACUUAGAGCACCUGUCUCUGUCAAGUCACUGUUUGAUUCCAAAAUCAUUGACAAAGCUACGUUUGACAUGCUCCAACAAGGCAAAAAGACACCUACACAGGUCAGCGAAAAUGUCAAUGUAAGCAAGUACCUGCAGGGCUCUGACAGUAUUGCUGGUGUCUACCUUGAACCGACAAAGGAGAAGAUCAGCAUCUAUCAAGCUAUGAAGAAAAAUCUUCUGAGACACAACACUGGCCUGUCACUCCUAGAGGCCCAAGCUGCCACAGGGUUCAUUAUAGAUCCAGUGAAGAACCAGUACCUGUCAGUGGAUGAUGCCGUUAAAGCAGGCAUUGUCGGCCCUGAGCUACAUGAGAAACUGCUUGCUGCUGAAAAAGCGGUCACUGGGUACAAAGAUCCCUUUACAGGCAAAACAAUCUCUCUCUUCCAAGCAAUGGAAAAAGAUCUAAUCAUUAAGGAGCAUGUCAUGCCACUCAUGGAGGCCCAACUGAGUUCAGGAGGAAUCAUUGAUCCUGUGAACAGCCACCGUGUUCCUAUUGACGUUGCCUAUCAGAAGAGCCUUUUCAGCAAAGAAAUGACACACUCCUUCUCAGAACCAUCUGACAAUAACAAAGCUUUCUCAGACCCAAAUUCAGAUGAAAAAGUAACAUACAAACAGCUGAAAGAGAAGUGCACUAGAGAUCCUGAUUCAGGCAUGAUCCUUUUACCACUUUCCAAGCCACAGGCCCCUACUGUGGUGGAGAAGACAUACCUCUACACGGAGGAACAGACGCAGAAUGACCUGACCACAACCAAAAUUGACCUCCCCAGUUCACUUGAGUCCCUUGCUGGAGGCUCAAAAAGUCUCUGGGACAUCAUGAACUCAAAUCUACUUCCUGAGCAAGAGAGAAAGAAGCUGAUGGAGGAGUAUCGCUCAGGCAGUAUCACUAAAGAGCGCAUGAUCAUCAUCAUUAUUGAGAUUAUGGAGCAGAGAGAGAUCAUCAGAGGUGAAACUGUUAAGUCCUGCAACACAAUCAGACGUAGGGUCACUAUCGAGGAGCUCUACAAUUCCCGUAUCAUUGACCUGGAGACAUUCAACCUGCUAAAGCAAGACAAAAGAAACAUCCGUGACAUUAUGGAGAUGCAGAGUGUGAAGCAGUAUCUGUUUGGCACGGGUUGCGUUGCUGGUGUUAUGUCUGACUCCACUUCCAAGAUGAGCAUUUAUACGGCGAUGAAGAGAGGGUUCUUGAAGCCUGAAAUUGCCCUUAGUCUCCUGGAAGCACAAGCAGCAACAGGAUUCAUAAUUGAUCCUGUCAGAAACGAGACACUCACUGUUGAUGAGGCUGUCCGCAAGAGUGUGGUCGGCCCUGAGAUCCACGACAGACUUCUGUCAGCUGAGAGAGCGGUCACAGGCUACAAGGACCCUUACAGUGGCAAAAUCAUAUCUCUCUUCCAAGCAAUGAAAAAGGACCUUGUUCUGGAGGAUUAUGCUCUGAGAAUGUUGGAGGCUCAGACUGCCACAGGAGGCAUUAUGGAUCCGGAAUUCUACUUCCACCUCCCAGCAGACAUUGCCACACAGAGAGGAUACAUCAACAAGGAAACAAAUCAAAGGCUUGCUGAUGACGUAAAGGGAUUUGUUGACCCUGUCACUGAGGAGAAAGUUUCUUAUGCCCAAUUACUCAAGAGGUGCAAGAUUGACCCUACCAAUGGGAUGCGCUUGCUGUCACUGGGAGACAAGAGACUGAUGUUCAAAGGUCUUAGAAAACAGAUCACCAUAGAGGAGAUGUUACGCUCUCAGAUCAUCGACCAACAGACAGUCAAUGAGCUGAAUGAAGGACUGAUUUCAGUGGAAGAGGUUAGCCGUAGACUCCAAAAAUACCUUGAGGGCACAAGCUGUAUCGCUGGUGUUUAUGUAGAGGGAACUAAUGAUCGUCUAUCAAUCUACCAAGCCAUGAAAAAGAACAUGAUCAGACCAGGAACUGCCUUUGAACUGCUUGAGGCUCAGGCUGCCUCAGGCUAUGUAAUUGACCCAAUCAAAAAUCUCAAACUUACUGUCAAUGAAUCUGUCAAGAUGGGAAUAGUGGGGCCAGAAUUCAAAGACAAACUUCUCUCUGCUGAGCGUGCCGUGACAGGUUACAGAGACCCCUAUUCCGGCAAGACAAUCUCUCUGUUCCAGGCCAUGAAGAAGGGGCUCAUCUUAAAAGACCAUGGAAUACGUCUCCUUGAGGCUCAGAUUGCCACUGGCGGAAUCAUUGACCCAGAGGAGAGUCAUCGCUUGCCAGUGGAGGUGGCCUACAACCGUGGCCUCUUCGACGAGGAAAUGAAUGAGAUUCUCACAGAUCCAUCAGAUGACACCAAGGGUUUCUUCGAUCCCAACACUGAGGAGAACCUGACCUACCUCGGGCUAAUGGAGAGGUGCAUCACUGACCCAGCUACUGGCCUUGUCCUCCUGCUCCUGAAGGAGAAGAAGCGCGAGAGAAAGACCUCCUCCAAAUCCUCUGUCCGCAAACGCCGAGUAGUCAUCGUGGACCCAGAUUCAGGCAAAGAGAUGACUGUCUAUGAGGCAUUUAGAAAGCAGCUCAUUGACCAUCAGACCUACCUAGAGCUUUCUGAGCAGGAGUGUGAGUGGGAAGAGAUCACGCAGACAUCCUCUGAUGGCGUUGUCAAGUCAAUGAUCAUCGACAGACGGUCAGGAAGACAGUAUGACAUUGAUGACGCCCUCGCACGAGGCCUCAUCGACCAGACUUCACUUAGUACAUACCGCUCCGGAAACCUGUCAAUCACUGAGUUUGCUGACAUGCUGUCUGGAAACAUGGGUGGCUUCCGCUCCCGGUCAUCCUCUUUUGGUUCCACCUCUGGUUCCACCUCAUCAUCAUACAAUGCCAUGAGCCCCAUACCCUCCAUUAGACCCCCUGCAAUCAUUUGGAAUGACCCCACAGAGGAGACUGGCCCUGUAGCCGGAAUCCUGGAUACAGACACUUUGGAGAAGGUGUCAGUCACAGAGGCCAUGCACAGGAACCUUGUGGACAAUAUCACAGGCCAAAGAUUACUUGAGGCACAAGCCUGCACAGGGGGCAUAAUCGACCCGACUACCGGGGAACGAUUCGCUGUUACUGAGGCAACCGAGAAAGGACUUGUGGACAAGGUGAUGGUGGACCGUAUCAACCUGGCUCACAAAGCUUUCAAUGGAUUUGAGGACCCAAGAACCAAAGUGAAGAUGUCUGCCGCCCAAGCUCUAAAGAAAGGCUGGCUGUAUUAUGAAGCUGGGCAACGUUUUCUGGAAGUCCAAUACCUUACGGGGGGGCUGAUUGAACCGGAUGUUGAGGGCAGAGUCUCACUGGACGAAUCCAUCAGAAAGGGCACAAUUGAUGCUCGCACUGCUCAGAAGCUGAGAGAUGUGAGUGCUUACUCCAAAUACCUGACGUGUCCCAAAACCAAACUAAAAAUCUCCUACAAAGAUGCCAUGGAUAGAAGCAUGGUUGAGGAAGGAUCUGGCCUGCGACUGCUGGAGGCCUCCUCACAGUCAAGCAAAGGGCUGUACAGCCCAUACAAUGCCAGCAAUUCUGGGUCUGCCGCUGGCUCCAGGUCCGGGUCCAGGACUGGAUCCAGAACAGGAUCCAGAAGAGGCAGCUUUGAUGCUACAGGUUCCGGUUUCACCAUGAACUUCUCAUCCUCUUCCUACACCAGCUCCAGCAGUUACGGUGGCCGCAAAUAUGAUGCAGGACCUCAUAAUGGGCUCAACAUGGAUGAGCUAGCUCAAGCCCUUACGGCUCUAGCAAUGAUCAGGCCAUGCAGCUCAGAAGAACAACGAGCCUUCCCCAUGAUGAUACCAAUGCAUUUCACGGAAGAAAUGAGGAGUGUGUAUGGAUUGGCAACACCCACAUCCAAGGAACAGAGCUCUGGGAGGGAGUCAGAGGAGUGGAGCCAAUGGCAGGGGGAGUUCAGAGGUCAAAUCCGAGCCCUGCGACACUGGCUGAAGAGCAUGGAGAUGAGGCUACCUCCUCUGGACCAUAUGGUUGUCCACAUCUCCUUUGUGGUGGCCAGGAUGAUGGCUGGCUUCCUAUCCUCACGAUCACUGAUCUCAGCUGUUUUGUGCAGGAGGACCACAUUUUUGUUCCUCUUUGGGAGGAUUAUGGGUAAUCUGAUCAGCCGGCCCAGCUGCCUGGGCCAGAAGUCCAAGCAGGUGAGGUCCGACGAGGACUUCCUGAAAGAGUGCUACCAGCGGCGCCGCGAAUGGGAGGAGGAGGAGAGGGUGACAGACAGGACAAAGGAGGAUGAGGUGGAGGAUGAGGUGUCUCACAGCAACACCCCUCCCUCGGACAAACCCCUCAGGACCAACCCCUCCCCCACCCCCACGGUCACCACCAUCAGUACUCUGGACAAUGCCUGGCAAGGCACCCCCUCCCCUAUCAAGACAUCCAGGAACAGCACCCUGACCAGGAAGGACGUGGUCCAAGAGAUCCCCCAUGGGAGAUCCCCUCUAGCCCAGCCUGGCUCCGUCCCAGGCUCAGCGGAGAGGAGGGCCAGCUUCCAGAGGAGAGACUCCAGAGAAGGAAGUCUCCAGAGGAGAGACUCUAGAGAGGGCAGCCCCUGGUCCUGGAAGACCUUGGCCUCCCACGAGGUCACGGAGGUGACGGAAGUGACAGAGACAGUUGUGACAGAAAUUGUGGAGGUGACGGAGUACCCUUCUGGAGAGAAGGGCGGAGAUCCCAUAGUCACCAGGACUGUUAGGGUUCUGACUGGAGCAGCCGAGGAACUCGCUGAGCUACAUAGCGACGGACAUUCUAGUUCAGACCAAGAUUCCAGCCUGGACCGUUGGAGGGGAAUGAGAUCUGCCUUGAGUCUGAGAGAUGAUUUUGCAGAUUCUGAAACGUUCCAUCAAUCCCUGGAAGCACUGUUGACCUGGGUCUGUGAGAUAGAGGAGCUGACAGCCAAUCAGAAGCCUCAAUCUUCAGAGGUCAAAGUGGUGAAAGCACAGCUACAAGAGCAGAAGCUCCUGCAGCGCCUCCUGGAGGACCGGAGGCAUAGUAUGGAGACCAUGAUGCUGGAGGGCCCUCAUAUGGCCGAGGCUUUCCCAGGCAAGGAGGGGGAGCAGGCCAGGGUCCAGCUUUCCACGCUCAGACACAAAUGGGAGGCCUUACUGGUAGAUGCAGUGAACAGGCGGGGCAGUCUGGAGCUCAUCCUGCCCAGGGCCAAGCUCUUCCAGGAGAGGGUGGACAGCCUGCAGCAAUGGCUCAUCUCUGUGGAGCAGGACCUGGCCGAGCUACGCAAUGCUGAGAGGGAAAUGCUACACCUCCCCGAGGGUACGGAGAAAGCCAAGGCUGUGGUGGAAGAGAUCAAGGCGAAAAACGCCGACUUGGUGAAAAUUCAACAGAGCGGUCAUGAUCUCAAGGAGAUGAUUUCAGAGGAGGAAGCCCAGCAGGUGCAGGAGCGUGUGGACAGCCUGAGGAUACGCUGCUCGGUGUUCAGCCUGACUAGUGGUGACGUGCUGCAGAGACUGGAGCAGGCCCUGGAGGCAUCCAGCCGCUGCACCUCCAGCCAGGAAGACCUCCACCUGUGGCUGGGCCGCAUCGAGAGGGAACUGCUGGGGCCUGCUGGGGGGCAGACUGGGGGUGGAGACACGGUGCUCUGUGCUGCAGAGAGACAGAGGUUGGAGCAGGCUGUGGUGAAGGAGAUGGCCUGGUUCAGAGACACUGCCCUGAGCCUGGAGCAACUCAAAGCUAUUACUCUGGAGCCUGAGCACAUCUCUGCCCAACUCUAUGAACAGAAGAUCCUCGCGGUGGAGAUUCUGCAACACAAGUUCAACAUUGAGAAGAUGGUGAAGAUCGCUGAAAUCUUGCAGACAUACGGUGAUGAAGGGGAAAUAGGGGACCUGCAGAUCCCGUUGGAUGCCUUACAGGAACAAUGCAACACCACGUCAGCCACCAACUCCCAUGUGGUCCUGCAGCUGGAGCAUGCCCAGUCCCUCUUGGUCCAGUUCACUGAGGGCCUUGCUGAGGUGUCACCGUGGCUACAGGAAACCCAAGCGCUCAUUGGCCAGCUCUCCCUGAGCACCAUUAGCUACAAGGCAUUCCGAGAACAACAGGACCUCUUACAGGGCCUAAGGGAGUCCAUAGCAGAGCAUAGACCUCUGAUAGCACGGCUGUGCUCGCUGGGGAAACGUCUGUCAGAGCUUAGUCCCGCCCAGGGGAAGGAGUUAUGUCAUAGCGCCACAGAGCUUAAGGAGCAGCACAGGGCCAUCAGGGACAGGGUCAGAGAGGCUGCCAAUCUACUGGAAGAGUCCCUGCCCAGAUACACACAGUUGAAUGAGAGGAUGACGCUGAUUAGAGAGAGUCUGGAUGGUCUGCUUGGUCACAUGCAGUCCCCAGCCUCUCUGCAGGGUCAGACCCCACGCAUCCAGGAGCAGCUACAGGACAACAAGCACACUCUGGCUGAGCUCUCCAAGCUGGAACUGGGCCUAGGGAGUAUAGGGACCCAGGCUGAUGAGCUCCUGGCCAACACACAGGCAGCUGGGGACGCCUCCAUCGGUACAGCAAUCCAGGAGCGGGUGUCCAGCCUGACUCAGCUGUGGGAGGAGGCUCAGAGGCAGGCUCAGGAGAGAGAUGGCUGGCUGCUCAACCUGCUGGACCUGGCUCUCAAGUUCUGGAGCGAUGUUAGUGAUGUGACGGCCGGCCUGUACGAUGCCCAACAGGCUGUCCUGGACCUGAACGCCAGCAGGACAGACUCAGAGACCAUCCGCCAGAGCCUGGAGACUAUGCAGACACUCAGGGAGGACAUCGACAGUCUACAGGGGGACCUGGACACGCUUGGCAUUCUGGGAAUGGACCUGAUGUCAGCAUGUGGGGACACAGACAAACCUGAUGUCACCAAGAGCUUAGAUGAGCUCUACUGCACAUGGAACAACCUGAGUAAACUCUGGAGUGAGUGUCACAAAACACUGGAGGAAUCUUUACAGAUGGCUCUACAUUACCAGGACACCAUGCAGGGGCUUUUCGAGUGGCUCAAGUCAGCAGAGCUGAGAUCCACAGAGGAGUUCUUGGUAGGAACUGACCUGGAGUCAGUCAAAGAGCAGCUGUGUGACCUCAAGGAGUUUAAACGGGAGCUAUACCAGAAGAAGAUCGAGAUGGAGAGCCUGAACCACCGCUUUGUGUGCAGGCUGUCUCCAGGCUCUGAGCGUCCCGGAUCUGUUUCUCCUCUGUGUGACUUCAGACAGCGCUGGGACAGCCUGGAGGCAGAGACUGUCAGCAGACAGCAUCAGCUGGAGUGUUCCCUGCUGGGUCUGGGUCAGUUUCAGAACACUCUGGACGAGCUGCACACCUGGCUCUCCCACACAGCCGACCUCCUCCAGGGCAGUCGGCCAAUCAGCAUCGACCUGCAGGCAUGCGAGAUAGAGCUGGCCAAACACAAGGUGCUGCGUAAUGACGUCAUGUCCCACGUGCAUACGGUGGAGUCUUUGAACCAGGCGGGGCGGGCCCUAUUGGAGGUGGGGACAGGGGACAGCCCUCACGGUCUGCACCCACAGCUGGAGCAGCUGAAUGAACGCUGGGAGUUUGUCCGCUGUGAGACAGAGCGCAGACAGCUGGAGCUGGAGAACAACCUCAGUCAGGUCCAAGAUGUUACAAUGGAGAUCCAGGAUCUUCUUCAGUGGUUGGAGAACACAGACCUGAGGCUGUCCUCCAGUAAGACAGUGUGGGGGAUGCCUGACUUUGCCAGCGAGAGGCUCAACGCACAUCUGGAGCUGUGUAACGAGAUGGACUCCAAGCUCCAUGCCUACACAGACGUGAGGAACGCCAUCCGCAGGAUGUUGGAGAGCGGCAACGUGACCCGGGGCUCCAGCACGGAACACAGCCUCUGUAUCCUGGAGCAGAAGUGGACUACCGUCUACGGGAAAGUACAGGACCGCAAGGCUAAGCUAACCGAAGGGUUGAGCCUGGCAAAGGAGUUCCACUGUAAUGUCCAGGAGCUGCUGACCAGGAUGACCAAGUAUGAGGAGGCCAUAGGAGACCUGCCUGCCCCCAGCUUCGUCCUGGACACAGUCUGUGGCCAGCUUCAAGAACACCGGACUCUGGUGAGUGAGGUGAACUGCUACGGUGAGAAGAAGACAGUGGUGGAGACUGCAGGCUCCAGGCUGACCGAGCUGAGCAGGAAGGAGGACUGUGACGUGGUUCAUAACCUGAUCAUGACCGUACAGGACCGCUACAGGAAACUUCACCAGUGCACCACAGAGAGGGGCCGAACACUAGAGGACGUCAAGAAAAAUGUAAAACAGUUCAGUGAAUCUUGGCGCCUUCUAGUGGACUGGAUGACUGAGGUGGAGCAGACGCUGGACACACAUAAAGAGAUCGCCACGGACCACGAGGAAAUUAAACUGCAGCUCACCGAACAGAAGGACUUCCAGAAGCUUCUGCGCUCGAAGCGACCUAUGUACGAGGCCACUCUAAAGAGUGGGCGGGGCCUCCAUGAGAGGUCUCAGAGCGCCCAAGACAGACAGCACCUGGAGAACCUGCUCUCUGAGCUCCGGGACUCAUGGGAUACCAUCAGUGGCAAAUCCAUGGAAAGGCAACACAAACUGGAGGAGGCACUGCUGUUUUCAGGCAGAUUCACAGACGCCCUUCAAGCCUUGAAUGACUGGUUAUACAGAGCAGAGCCACAGCUGGCUGAAGACGUACCUGUCAGUGGGGAAAAAGACAUGGUCAACAAUCUGAUCGACAAGCACAAGGUGUUCCAGAAGGAGUUGGGGAAGCGAGCCGGGUGCAUUAGGACCCUGAAGCGCUCGGUGAGGGACCUGACCAGGAGCAGCACUGCUGAUGCCCAUUGGUUGCAGGAGCAGAUGGACGAAUUGGAGGGACGCUGGGAGGAUGUGUGUAAACUGUCCGUAUCCAAGCAGGCCAGGCUGGAGGCAUCCCUUCAACAGGCUGAGAAGUUUGACAGGCUGGUCCACUCCUUCCUGGAGCAUCUGGCGGAGGCAGAAAGGGUGCUGAAGUACGGGGUCAUCCCUGAGGAGGAGGAAGCUUUGCUGGCCUUUCGCAAACAACAUGAGGAGUCAAUCACUUCCCUGAGCUUCCAGGAGAUGGAGCUAGAGAGCAUCCAGUGUCUGAGUGAGGAAAUCCUGUCCUCCUGUCACCCAGACUCCAUCAUCACACUCAAGUCCUGGAUCAGCGUCACCAAGACCCGCUACGAAGAGGUGCAGACUUGGGCCCAGCAGCAGGGCCAGAGGAUCCAGGCCAACCUGUCUGCUCUGGAGGAUGAGCGGGAGAAUCUGCAGCGCCUACUGGACUGGAUCUCAUCCGCCGAGGAGGCCCUCGACCUCAGAGACCAGGAGCCACCGGCUGAGAGCAUAGAACACAACCAGGAACUCAUCGUCCAACACAUGGUAUUCAUGGAGGAGCUGAACCGAAAACUACCAGAUGUAGAACAUGCCACAAAAUCCUGCAAACAGAAGCUGAUCCACAAACAGCAGGCUUCGCCGUGCCGCAAGGCACUGACAAAGAGGAGGAGCACUCUGAAACUCCAGCCUAUAGUAAUCCCUCUCCCCCUGGAGAACCUGAACCCUCAGACCCCUCAGCUGAGUCAGCUGGUCAGCCACUGGCAGAAACUCUGGCUCCUGGCUUUGGCCAGACAGGGCCGCCUAGAGCAGCACGAGCAGAGACUCCAAGAGAUGGAGGAAUUUGCAAACUUUGACUUCAACGUCUGGCGAAAGCGCUACAUGCAGUGGAUCAGCCACCUCAAGUCUCGGAUCCUAGAUGUGUUCCGAAACAUCGACAGGGACCAGGACGGACGAAUCAGCAAGAAGGAGUUAAUCGACAAUGUCCUGGCAUCCAAAUUCCCCACCAACUCCCUGGAGAUGAAUGCAGUGGCCAAUAUCUUUGACAUGAAUGGGGACGGCUUCAUUGACUACUAUGAGUUUGUGAGUGCCCUCCAUCCCAGCCGGGAUCCCUACAGGAGGACGCUAGAUGCAGAUCAGAUCAACGAGGAGGUGAGUCGACAGGUGUCUCAGUGCAACUGUCCCAAGAGGUUCCAGGUGGAGCAGAUCAGUGCCAACCGCUACAGGUUUGGGGAUUCCCAACAGUUACGGAUGGUGCGUAUCCUGCGCAGUACCCUGAUGGUACGAGUGGGAGGAGGUUGGACAGCACUUGAUGAAUUCCUGGUCAAGAAUGACCCUUGUAGAGUGAAAGGUCGGACGAACCUAAAGAUAAAGGAGAAGUAUUUAUUCGACAACUCCCAGAAAGGAGGCUCGUCUAAAACCCUGACGGUCAGCAGGUCCAACUCCAGCCUGAGUCUCUACAGCAGCGCCUCGGCUCCAAGCAGCCCCCUAACACGCAAAGCCUUACUGCGGAGGAGUCUCUCAGGUGACCGCUGCAUCCGGCCCAGGAGCUCCAUAGCUGCUCUGGGGUCAGAUCUACAGUUCUCCACUGCGGAUGAGGAUUCUCUUUCGCAAUCAGAGGAAGCUGAAAGACUGCCCACAUGAUGGGGAAGGUAUGUCCACAAUGCGCAUCAUGUGAACACUACAGUGAUGAGCUCCACUACAGCCUUGGGGUCCAGAGAGAGAGAGAGAGAGAGAGAGACCAACAAGACAAGGCCUCAGUCACAAGCCCAUAGACUGCCACUAAGGGGAACUCCAUAAUCUUCAGAAGUGAUACAAAAGGGCCUGAUUCUCUAUUGGACACUGUGUUUGUAGGCUCUGUGAAGAGCCUCUGAUUGUUCAGCUAGGGAUAUGGACAUGACCUCUGACCUAAACCUGGACAUAUCCCACUACACUCCUCUCUGAGUCAUUGUAUUGAUAUAGUCGUCAUUUCGAUCAUCUAUAUCAAUAUGCAACUUCAACACUGGUUUUCCGAAUAUGACAGAGUCCGAGGAUAGAGAUACUGGAACAGUCUGCACGGAUACACAUUGCAUGACGGUUAUCAGUAUAGAUUACAAUCUAGCUUCAAUAUUUGUUUCACCCUGUGCCCUUAUAAUGAUGUCAGGGCAGGCUGCGAUCAAGCAACGAUGUGGCCUGAAGCUAAAUCACAAAACUCCACAAGGACAAACACGUGUAUUAGCAGAAAAUGGAUUUUCAUUUUUGAAGCUAUAUAAAGUCAGGAUUUCAUCAGCGACUGUCAUAAUUAGUUCCUUUAUGUUAUUGUGUGUAGUGCAUUUCUCCUUUUAAAGAAGUGUGUCUGUAAAAUGCGCUCACAUGCAAAUACGUGAAGGUGUGCUAGUAUGCCCUGUGUUUAGUAACAAGACACAGAACCGUCCAAAAGAUGACUCCAAAAAAACCUACACAGCCAAUGAAUGGUUCCAUCAUCUUUCACCGUGGUAAUUAUUUUUCCACGACAUAAUAGGAAACACUAGCUUGGUCCCAGAUCUGCUUGUACUGUUUCGCCAACAACAUCCAUAGUAGUUGGCAAGCGAGCACAAACAGAUCUGGGGCCAGGCUAAGGAAACACUGCUGGCGGGGCCCACAUUGCUAUUUCGUGUUGUCACUUUAACCUGAACUGAUGCUACACUGUUAAAGAUGUAUGUUUGACAUCCUGUUCAAGUAUGGUUUUAAAUGCUACAUUUUAAGUUCAAAAAAUGUAUGAAGAUGCGUCAUUAUUUUGUUGAGAUUAUUUUCUCAGGUUUGGUUUUGCCUUUUGAUGUUUAAGUGUUCAAUGUUUAAGUGGAACAUUACUGUGAUAUUGUAGGUGUACUCUUUUAUGUUACUGCUGUAUAGUUACUGAAGGUUUUAUAUGGCAAGUUAUGUUCUUCACACAUUAACUUCUCCCUAUGAAAUGCACUUUUUAUUUACUGAACUACAGUCAGUGCAUCGGUUUGGUUCUGUAUGUGUGUGUGUGUGGUGACACAUUUUCUGAUUUCAUUCACUUAGCUUCAGUGUUUAGGACUAGAGAAAUAGACUGAUGUUUAUUUUAUUUACGAUGAACAACUGUAUUUCUACAGGGUUUCACGGGGUGUGACCCUCCCAAAAUACAAAAGUGUAGUUCUCAAUGAGAUCUUGACUUUCUUUCUUCCAUUCAGGUCUUAAUACGGACUAUUUUAUGCAAACCAACAUAUUAAUUUACAGUUGAAGUCGGAAAUGUACAUAAACUCGUUUUUCAACCCCUCCAAAAAUGUAUUGUAAACAAACUAUAGUUUUGGCAAGUCGGUGAGGUCAUCGACUUUGUGCA